GACGCUGUCUGUACCCACCACCCUGACCUCGUGGGCCACCAUGCCUCUGUGCUGGGAGCUGAGAGUCUCCACCUGUCUGCUCUUCCUCUCCGUGGCUCCAGGCUCUGCAGCCCAGAGUUUAUGCAUCCAGAGAGAGCACCAGCUACAUUUCUGCAUCAUCAGCUGGAACCUCAGCAACUCGGAGCCCACAUCCUUGGAGUACACCGCCCUGCUCGGGGACACCCAGGACCAGGUCACCAAGCUCUACAGAGGCAGCCAGCUUUGAGACAUAUUUCACUCCUGCCUGGUCACC